UUCGCUGCCUUUUCGGCUCUUCUAGGGUGGGCAGCGGCUAUCUUCCUCGGCUCUCGUGCUCCUGCCGCCACGGCCUGGGCGCUGUCCCCCGGCUCCCGGAGCUCAGCGCGAAGCCCUGGCCCCGGCGGCCGGGGCAUGGGCCAGGGGCACGGCGUGAAGCGGCGUUCUGCACGGCCGUGACGUGCACCGGCUUCAGCAUGAAGACCCUCAUCGCCGCCUACUCCGGGGUGCUCCGGGGUGAGCGUCGGGCCGAAGCGGCCCGCGGCGAGAACAAGAAUGGAGGACCUGCCCUGUCACGCGAGGGGUCUGGGCGAUGGGGCACGGGCUCCAGCAUCCUCUCAGCCCUCCAAGACAUCUUCUCUGUCACCUGGCUCAAUAGGUCCAAGGUGGAAAAGCAGCUGCAGGUCAUCUCAGUACUACAGUGGGUCCUAUCCUUCCUGGUGCUAGGAGUGGCCUGCAGUGUCAUCCUCAUGUACACCUUCUGCACUGACUGCUGGCUGAUAGCUGUGCUUUACUUCACCUGGCUGGCAUUUGACUGGAACACACCCAAGAAAGGUGGCAGGAGAUCACAGUGGGUGCGAAACUGGGCUGUGUGGCGCUAUUUCCGAGACUACUUUCCCAUCCAGCUGGUGAAGACGCACAACCUGCUGACCACCAGGAACUAUAUCUUUGGAUACCAUCCCCAUGGCAUCAUGGGCCUGGGCGCCUUCUGUAACUUCAGCACAGAGGCUACUGAAGUUAGCAAGAAGUUCCCUGGCAUCAGGCCCUAUUUGGCCACAUUGGCUGGUAACUUCCGGAUGCCGGUGCUUCGGGAGUACCUGAUGUCCGGAGGCAUCUGCCCUGUCAACCGAGACACCAUAGACUACUUGCUUUCCAAGAAUGGGAGUGGCAAUGCUAUCAUCAUCGUGGUGGGAGGUGCAGCAGAGUCCCUGAGCUCCAUGCCUGGCAAGAAUGCAGUCACCUUGCGGAACCGCAAAGGCUUUGUAAAACUGGCCCUACGCCAUGGAGCCGAUCUGGUUCCCACCUAUUCCUUCGGAGAAAAUGAAGUAUACAAGCAGGUGAUCUUUGAGGAGGGCUCCUGGGGCCGGUGGGUCCAGAAGAAGUUCCAGAAGUAUAUUGGUUUUGCCCCAUGCAUCUUCCAUGGCCGAGGCCUCUUCUCCUCUGACACCUGGGGCCUGGUGCCUUACUCCAAGCCCAUCACCACUGUUGUGGGGGAGCCCAUCACCGUCCCCAAGCUGGAACACCCGACCCAGAAGGACAUCGACCUGUACCAUGCCAUGUACAUGGAGGCCCUGGUGAAGCUCUUUGACAGUCACAAGACCAAAUUCGGCCUUCCAGAAACAGAAGUGCUGGAGGUGAACUGACCCAGCUGUGGGGCCAACUCCUGGAAGGAAUGACCGCAAAUCCUUUUCUACCAAGUUCUCAAGUGCAUUUGGUUCUGUAAAUUUGCAAGCGUCAUGGGUGUCUGUGGGUUAUUUAAAAGAAAUUAUAAUUUGUUAAACCAUUGCAAUGUUAGAUCUUUCUUAACAAAGGGAAGAGUCAGUGUUUUAAGCGCACUUCUGGUGUGUCAUGCUCGAGGUGGUGGCUGAUGUUUCUGGGCCGAGAUGG